AUGGUCGAAUCUUCUCGGUUUGGGCUCGAGACUCCCGAUCAUAUCUGCCUCCGAAAUGACACACGACGAGACAAUUGUUCGCUAUUGUUUGUCCUGCCUUUUUGGUAUCAGUUCUCCUUGCGAAGUGAAGCAGGUAGAAAGGAAAAGAAGCACCAGAUGUUGGCUUUGAGAAGCGUGAUCAUGGCUGUGGCGGUGGUGGGCGUGGCCAGAGUGGGCGCCCGGCCGCAGGUCCUGGACAUCACCAAGGUGGCGGCGACGGGCGGCUUCGGCCUCCUGGAAGCUGCCGGCCGCUCCGGAGGCAUCGUGUCCAACGUGGCCUCCGACGCCCUGGCCACCGCGCAGACCCUCGGCGAGGGAGCGCGCGACGUCUUCCGCGAGACCUUCCACACUGGAGCGCAGGGCCUGAACCGCUUCAGCAACGCCUUCAGGGACACCACCGGCGAAGUUGUCCGAGGUUUCAAGGACGCAACGCGGGCGGCAAAUACCUUCUUCGCCAACGGCGUCCGCUCGACGGGGCGCCUCGCCUCAGACACCGUCAGCACCGGCUUCGAGGUGGCUAGAGACACCGUAGGAGCUAAAGCCGACUUCUUGAAGGACGUCAACGAGUCCGCCGUCCGUGGCGCUGGGAAGGUGGCCGGGGCCGUCGGGAACUUCGCCGAGGGAGCCAUCGACAACACCGUCGGCUUCAUCGCCCCCGCGACGCAGAUUGUCGAGAGAGUCAUUAACAAAGGAAUCGAAAACUUUUCGCACGUACUCGUGCCCUCCGGAUUUUAACCAGCCACCCUUUUACCCCCCCCCCCACACACACACCCAUUGUCCCAACUGCCACUUCGAGAACAAGCUAAAGUUUUAUCGACAAAUCCACGACCUCCUGAAGGGGUCUCCAACGUGCUCGCGCUUGACCUUUUCCCUCCCAACGAGUCUGCUUACCUAGCGAUUUAGUAUUUUAAGUAGAUUAUCUUUACGUAUUAUAUGUGAUUUGAAUAACAUUUAUUUUGAA